AUGGGGAUUAUUUUUGCUAACCUCUUCAAGGGCCUUGUUGACAAAAAAGAAAUGCACAUUCUCAUGGUUGGCCUGAAUGCUGCAGAAAGGACUACUAUUUUGUACCAACUGAAACUUGGUGAAAUAGUAACUACAAUUCCCACUACAGGUUUCAAUGUGGAAACUGCAGAGUACAAAAACAACAGCUUCGCUAUGUGGGAUGUGGGUGACCAGGAUAAGAUCCGGCCUCUGUAG